AUGUCUGCGUCCUCCGGCAGUUUGAUUCGUCCCGGACUAACAACCCCCGUGGCCAGCCAACUGGCGGAGAUAAAGCUAAGGCUGCGGAAGAAGGUACCGCUGCUCGCCGGAAAGGACGUUCGCCGGGAGCGUAUCCCUUACUACGAAGCCAUCUCGAGCGAGCUGUACGAACGGGGCUACACCGAUGGGGCCUUCCUGGUGCUGGAUUUGAUUGAAUUUGAGGACCGCAAUGUGUGGCCAACUUCGGAGCCGGCGGUUGAGCGACGGAGACUGCGCAAUUCACGUAAGCUGCUCGACUACCUUCUGUCCUCGUUGGCCCGUGCACAGCAGUACAAGUCCGAGGGGCAGUACGAGCGUGAAACGGAAGAAUUGUACGGGGUGGCCCGGAAGUUCGAACGGGACGCAGAGAAGCGCUGGCUAGCCCGACAAUUCUACCUGAUUGCCCUAGAGCGAUCCGGUGACGUUCCUUCUCCCGUUCGUCCGAAGCUGCAAGCCAAGCUCCGGUACUACUAUGCCAAGCUUUUGCUGCAGCUGAAGAAGGCAGUGCAAGCGAUGCAGCAACUGGAAGAUGCCGAAAAGGCUCUCACGUUGGCCCAUUCGAAGGGUUACCCCGUUCGCCAGACGCUGCAAGAGAAUCGGGCCGAACGGCUGGAAGUUGCCAUCAAUACGGUGCUGUUCGAGGUUCAGCGGCAGAUGGCCAAAGACUGUCGACGGUCGCCGUUGUGGAUGCAGGGCCAGUACGUCCGCGGUGCCCAUCAGGCUGCCUUGAAGACACAAAAGGCAUCCCUCAUGGCCGAAUCGUUCAUUGAGUACGGGGAUUUUUUGGCCACUGAAGCCCAUGACUAUCCGGGGGCACUGACGCUGUACAAAACGGCGACACAGCAGGCCGAGCUGGAUGGUAGCAAGCCGGAUCUGCUCUGUAAGGCGCGCAUUGCUCUAGCGUUCACUUAUCAUCGCCUCCGGGAUCCGGCAAAGUGUGAGGAACUGUUACAGCUCGUCGAUCGUCUCACCCUAUCCGAGCCGUUGACACUCUGCCGGGCAUCCUAUCUGUUCACUGCCGCCAGCAUCGAGCUGGAGGAGCAAGCCAAGCCGGAGGAGGAAGCACCAGAGCGGACCAAGUUGGCGGCCAGCAAGCAAGGCCCGUUGGCGAAGCUUCACCAGUCCGCCAACAUCUACCGGCACUUUCGGCAGCAAGAUAAGAUGAUGGAAGCCGUCUGCCUGGAGGGACUUACCCGUGCGGCCCCCCCGUUCGGAGCGUUCGUCAAGCUGAUGUCGACGGCCAUUAGCACUUCCGACGCAGCACUCUACCGGAUGAUCGAUUGGUUUGACGAAGCGCGUCCACCAACACCUUCACCGGCCGGUGGACAAUGA